AUGUAUAUUACACUUCCUAUUUACACUGGCUUAUUUCCAAGUUUAAUUCUUGUAAUAAUAGGUAUAAUGACAUAUAAAAAUAUAAACACAUUACAAAUAAAUCGUCAACGUCAAUUACUUCAAAAACAAUUAACAUCAAUGAUGCUUAUGCAAAUUCCAAUACUACUUUUUACAAUAUUACCAUAUAUUGCAUUUACAGAAUAUACAUUGCUUACUACAACUAUGAUUAAAUCUCAAGAUAAAAAAAAUAUUGAAAAUUUAUUUGCCAAUAUUUUUCCACUUAUUUUUUACAUAACAUUUGCAUGUCCAUUUUUUGUCUUUUUUGCAUCAUCAAAAUCAUUUAGACAAGAAGCAAAAAUGUUUUUUUUCAUGUCAAUUAUUCAUCAAUAA